AUGGUGAGAAUUCAAAAAAAACAUUUGGAAAUUUAGUCUAGAAAAAAACAGGCACAUUUGCGCUUCACGGUGAAAGAUUAAAUGAUACCUUAAAUGUGAAUUAUUUUUAACUUUGAACUUUAAAUUUUUUGAAAAUUUGGCCAUAAUGUAAAAGAUGCGGAUGCGAUGCGGAAACGUGAAAAGAUGCGGAAACCCGCAACCAGAGCAAAUUUAACUUUUUUUUCCAAUACUUUUCAAAGAUUUCUUUCCUGUACAUCGUACGGUACGAUGAAACUUUGAAGCCUCUUUUGUCGGAAUGAAAAAAUAGGAUUUUUCCAGGUAUAUCGUUUGGUACAACAAAGAACUGCUUGGAAAAUUAAAUAUUAUCUGCAAGAUAUCGAGUUCCGAGUUAAAUUACUUUCUUUAUCAUUGCGUAUUUAAAUCGCACUGUGACCUCAGUAACGCAAACCGAACGUUUCUCAUCAUUUCAAGUGAUCACUUAAGAGUACUGAGGCUACUAAAGUGGUCACUAGAAUCGCUCCGAAACGUCUAGGCCGCGUCCGGUUUGCGUUAGAAAGGUCCAAGCAGUUCCUCAAAAAGUCCCAGAGCGCAAAAAUUUGACGAAAUCCUUCAAGAUCUUUUUCUCGAACUUCUAAACCAUAUGCGGAUUAUUCAGAGCGGAACCCUCGCGAUUUGUUCGGUGCCGGACGAGGUGAAGGAAAAGCUGAGGGAUUUCCGGUUCGCCAAAAGCUCCUCGAUGAACGCUCUCAUAGGUGGACCGGGUUCUUGAAAUAAGAUCAGAAUAAGGAAAUUUAGUGAAAGUACAAAAGGAGACGCAAGAGUUCGCCGUCGAGGAGGAGUACUUGGUAAAGAGAUUCGUGAUAAGAAGAUAAGAAGUCCAGGAAGUCUAGGACAGCAACUUGGACGAGAUCAGAGACGAGUUGCCGGCCCAACAGCCGCGAUUUCUGCUCCUGAGCUGGUGUCGGAAACACGACGACGGCCGACAAUCUUUCCCGCUUCUUCUCGUUUAUUACUGUCCCAAUGGUUCGUUUUCUUGGUAAAUACUCUAAUGUUAGCACCCGCUAGGUCGCCCGUUUAAUCCAAGCCGAGCUCUCGAAGCUGAAUUUUUAGCUGCGCGUAGACCAUGUUCAAGUCCAGCAUAUCCACGCAAACGCCCAGUUCGCCCUCCGAGCUCCCGUUUAGGUCCAGGGGACCACCCGAAUCGUUAAAAAUCACCGGGUAGUAGCGCCCGUUUCGCAAAAUUAUGACGUAUUAGCCGAACGGGUGCUACUGGACAGCAUUAGAAUAGUUUAAUACUCACUUCUUGGAAGUUUGACCUUCCUGCGUCUCUUUUCCUUCGCCGACGAGGUCAUAGAAACUUAGAAACAGCACGUGAACAGGAGUGCCCUUUUCGGUAUAUGACGAAAUCCUCAGAGGUUCAAAACGUAUUUUUUUUCCAGGUGACUAACAAAGUUUCCGACUUUUUCUUUUGUUUCAACAAUAUAUUUUCUUUUUGAAUAAAUGACAAUGAAUGAGGAACUUCGUCGAGAGAAAGGAGGGCGCAGAGAAAUUAGAAAAUUUCAAAAUUUUCAGAACGGAUAAGAGAGAAUGAUAGUAUUGUUCAUUCUUUUCGAAAUUGAACAGUCUAACUUCUCUGCGCUCUCUUAUCCCUCACCGUUCAUGGAAAAGUUGAAAAAGCGCUGAGAAAAGUGAAGUUCAACGGGGUCCCUAUAGUGGCAAUCUUGUGGAUCUUCAAAGGUUUCCCUCUGAAGGUUCAACUCUUGAAGGCCUCGAAGGUUCUCCUUUGGGGACCACUUUAACUUCCCCUAUUUGACCACUUGAGUUCAGGGGUCAGAGCAAAUUUGGAUUUCGCCUUGGAGCGCAUUUUUUAUCAACGUUAGUUUCUGUGAUGGCUAUUUUUUCAAUUUCAUUUUUUUUCCAAAUUUAUCUGAAACGCCGCAGAUUCUCUGAUUUCCGAUUUCAAUUCAUCUGCAAAAACUCCAAUUUAUUCCCAAAAUCCGAAUAAUCUCAAGUUUUGAUGGUUUUCCGAUAGAUUAACGAAUUCAAAACACAUUGAUUCGCAAAGCCUGACAUUUUUCCGGCCAUCAGUAAUACGAGAAAAAAGGGCCGGGAAAUCUGUCCUCGCGAGUAUUAUCUAGGUUUAACGCCUUCCAUUUCAAGUGAUUAAAUCGAGAAAAAGGGCUUUUGAGGAGAGAGAAACAUUGGAAUUCAUCUUGUUGAUUGAAAAGAAUCAGAUGGGAAAAUGAUGGGUUUCUUCUUUUCAGGAUGUAGUCCCGACCUGCAAAUGUUGUACGCCGGGAGUCGUAACCACUUGAUCAAGGAGUGCGAUUUGACAAAGGUACCAAAAGAAUCAAUUUGAUAUUUUUUUCAAAUCAAUGAUAAUACUAGGUUUACCGGUUAGAAAUGAGCUAUGUUUGGGUUUCUUUAAUUAUAAAACAUGAUGAAAAUGUAUCACAAAAAUAAUUUUAAAAUUACAAGUAGGGUCCAACAUCCAUGCGGAAAAUGAAUAUCUUAUUCGAUUCCCAGGAGUUUAAUAUGAAUCGAUGAAUCCAACGCUCUUACCUAACUGGCCAACAUUAUGAAAAUAGUAGACAGAAGUUUAAUAAAUUACAUCUCUGAUUCAAACAGAAAUUAAAUAUUGAUUGAUAUCAAUUGAGAUAUUGUUUUAUUGAGAACGAAUAACUGGAAAUUAGUCGGAAAAACGUUUCCUUGGUUAAGAACAUGAGACAGGAGACUCGAAAAGAAAACAGCCUUUCCAGAGAAGGUUUGUCGAGGUCUUUGCACUUUUCGGAAUUUCCAUUUGCUGACAUUUCUCCUUUUUUUGAAAAAAAACACAGUAAGCUUGAAAAGUAAAAAAAUAAAAAAAGUUCAUCAAAAAGGUUUUUUUGAGAGUUUUUUUAUGAUAAGAUUUCCAAUCAUUAUUUUUUCAUCUGAGAAACACAUCAAACAUUAGGCAUCAAAAUGCUUUGAAAAAAGAAAAACUCUUUUUUAAACAACUGGUUUUUUUGCGCAACAUCGAUAAUUUUUCAUUUUUUUCAUGCACUUAUAGAAACAAAAUCUUUUAUUUAAGCUUGGAAAAAGCCUCAAUUGAGAUGGAUAUUGCGCCUCAAUGAUAAACUACCUCUGUUUUUAUUUCUUAUUUGAAAUUUUAUCUGAUAGAAAGUUGAGAAAUGAGAAAAAGUUUUCGAGCGCAUUUUUUUUUACUUUUGACAGGCGAUUGAGUAAGAUCAAGUAUAAAAAUUCAGUUGACCUCAAGCUAAAAAUCCAUGGCGGCGCGUAGAAUAACUGCUUGCUUCACUACGCGCCCGACAUGAAACGGCUUACGCGCGAGGUCAUUGUAAACUGUCAGAAAAAGCCCUAAAAGGCCAAAUUUGGCUCUAAGAUUCCAAUCGUAAGUCCUUGAGCCAUUCCAAGUGCGACCAUCAAAUGAAUGAACUAAAAAAUUCAAAAUUUCCAGACCAUCGAACUCCGCGAUCUGGACGACCUCACCGACGAGUUCAUCGUUUCCAAAUUGGCCUGA